AUGCUAGAAGAGCUGAGUAGUGAGCUGAGUAGUAGUACUAAUGAGGAGGUUAGUAUUGGGUUCGAUGACGUAAGUGAUUCUGGCUGUUCUGAUACUGGCUUGGCUGGUGGUAUGUAUAGUAAAGGUGGUGUUGAUGGUGUUGAUGGUGUUGAUAGUGCUGAUAGUGUUAAUAGUGUUGAUAGUAAAGGUAAAGGUAAUAGUAAAGGUAAUGGUAGUGGUAGUGGUAGUGGUAAUGGUAGUGGUAGUGGAAAGUUAGGUAAGAAUAGGGUAGAUAGUGAUGAUCAAGGUAGUGAUGGUUUAAAUAGGUCUUUUGUCUGUGCUUAUGCGGGAUGCUUGAAGAGUUAUUCGAAGCCUUCUUUGUUGGAGUUGCAUGAGAAUACUCAUACUGGCGUACGCCCUUUUAAGUGCAGUCGUUGUAAUAAGGCUUAUUAUAAGAAGUCGCAUUUACAUAUACAUGAAGUAGCGAUUCAUACGGCUAAGAAAUACAAAUGUGAGUUGUGCGGUCGUGAACUUGCAACUCGAGAUUCUUUGAAGAAACACUCUGAUGUCUGUGGACGAGUGUUUGUCUGCCAUUUUUGUCAUAAACGCUUUGUUCGAGCGGAGUGGUACAUUCGUCAUAUUAGACAGCAUACCGAUCCGAAUAGUGUGAGUAAGACGGCCAAAUCUAGCCAGUGUAAGAAAUUAAGUAGUAAUAACGUGCGUGAAGUUAGUAUGGGUGUUAGAAAUGGUAGUAUUGAUAUGGGUGAGGUUAGUAAGGGUGAAGUUGGUAUUGAUGAAGUUAGUAAGGGUGAAGUUAGUAAGGAUAAGAUAGACAAUGGGGAGGACAAAAUAAAGACCGCUAAGAUAUAUAAACCAACCCAACUUAAACCAACUCAACCUAAACUAACUCAAUCUAAACUAACUCAACUUAAACCAACUCAACCUAAACCAACCAAAACUGAAGAAUUGGACAGUACAAAUACCACUGCAACCAAUCAUAUAACUACUCCAAACCCAAUACUAACCCUAAAUCAUACAAAUGCCUCUCCACCUACUUCCUCAAUCCAACCUCCUUAUAAUCAGUGCUCUACGUGUGGGAAGUACUUUAAGCUGAAAAAGAACCUCCGGGCCCAUGAAGAAGGCGCACAUGGCCGGAAUAAGUAUACAUGUCCGGUUUGCCAUAAUAAGUUCUCGUAUCCGGCCACUUUGAGACGGCAUAUUCAGAAUCUGCAUAAGGACUAUUGUCCCGGGAAUAAAAAGGAUUAG